CAGUUAAAAACUUUGGUUAAAGUACACACAUAUAAUAAGUUCCUACCUAUAAUUAAAAUAUUAUUAAAAAAGUUAUAAGAUGUCAUUAGUUUCUAAACUCAAUAAUUAACGAUUGUCAUAUCGUUUCUAUGGUAACAAGAAUAUGUCAACAGCGACCAAUUUGAAAGUCGGCAUGUCAAUGGAAUAAUUAUAAUUAAAUUACGAUGAAGUAUUCGGCUUGAUUAUCAAAAUAAAUAAGAUCAAGAGUUCUAUGAAUUUUACUUACAAGUUUUAAAACUAUAAGAAAAUGGGCUUAUUAAGCAUCUUGAAAAAGUUACGUUCCAAUCCGGAUAAAGAAUUACGUUUACUUCUUCUUGGUCUCGAUAAUGCUGGCAAAACUACAUUGCUGAAACAACUGGCUUCAGAAGAUGUGACCCAUGUUACUCCAACGGCCGGGUUCAAUAUUAAAUCUGUAUUAUCCAGUGGAUUCAAACUUAAUGUAUGGGAUAUUGGUGGGCAGAGAAAGAUUAGGCCUUACUGGAGAAAUUAUUUUGAGAAUACCGAUAUUUUGAUUUAUGUGGUGGAUUGUUCAGACCAUCAAAGAUUAGAAGAGACAAGUCAAGAAUUAACAGAAUUGCUACAAGACGACAAGUUGCGUGGCGUGCCACUAUUGGUGUACGCUAAUAAACAGGAUUUGUCUACUGCGUUGCCUUCACCACGACAAUGA